UUUAGAUUCAUCGAACCAAGACGUAAUUUGUUUCUAUAAUUUAGUGUCACUCAUCAUCAAUUCUAUUAAUGGCUUUCAAAUGUUUCACAAUAAAAACUAAUAAAUUUCUUCAAAGACUCACGAGAACCAUCGAUUGUGGAGAAUUGAAAACGAAGCUUCAAACUAUUUCAUGGUUUAUAUUGGAAUCUUCCACUAUCAAUGGUUUGCAUGAGAAGAAUAGAAAAAAGAGAGCUUAGCACCAACUUUUGUCUUGAGUUAUAUAAACCAAAGUACCUUCUCAACAAGUCUUGAAAGUUUUGACCAGUUAGUUACACUCUUCUGUGAGCUUCCCAUCUCUUUCAUUCAGUGAAAGUGAUCGUCGACGUUCUCAAUGAGUCAUCCAGCUGAUGAAAAUGUUGAAACAAAAGAGAUGGAUAGUAGAAGUUUGUCUUCUUCGCAAGGUCAGGAACCAUACGUGCACAAGGUUGGAGUUCCUCCAAAACAAAACCUCUUUAAGGAAUUUCGAUACACAGUAAAAGAAACAUUCUUCUCGGAUGAUCCUCUACGGCCUUUUAAGGAUCAGACGAAGUCCCGGAAGUUCAUUCUGGGAAUUGAAGCUAUAUUCCCUAUACUUGGUUGGGGAAGAACUUAUAACCUCAAAAAGUUUAGAGGAGAUCUUAUUGCCGGUUUAACUAUUGCAAGUCUCUGCAUUCCUCAGGAUAUUGGAUACGCAAAGCUUGCAAAUUUGUCUCCUCAGUAUGGACUGUAUUCAAGCUUUGUUCCACCACUGAUAUAUGCGGUCAUGGGGAGUUCACGUGACAUUGCGAUAGGACCAGUGGCAGUGGUUUCUCUCUUGUUGGGGACUUUACUCCAGAAUGAAAUUGAUCCAAAUACAAAUCCAACAGAAUAUAGAAGACUCGCUUUUACUGCCACAUUUUUUGCUGGGAUUACACAGGCAACUCUUGGAGUUUUUAGAUUAGGAUUUUUGAUUGAUUUCCUAUCUCAUGCUGCAAUUGUCGGUUUUAUGGGCGGAGCUGCCAUCACAAUUGCUCUUCAACAGCUUAAGGGUUUCCUUGGGAUUGAAAAGUUCACAAGGAAAACCGAUAUAAUCUCUGUGAUGCAUUCAGUAUUCUCAUCAGCCCAUCAUGGAUGGAACUGGCAAACUAUAUUAAUUGGAUCUACCUUUCUUUCUUUUCUUCUGUUUGCCAAGUAUAUCGGAAAGAAGGGCCCGAAAUUCUUCUGGGUUCCAGCAAUUGCUCCAUUGAUAUCUGUUGUACUCUCCACUUUUUUUGUAUACAUAACCCGUGCAGACAAACAUGGUGUUGCCAUUGUAAAACACAUAGAGAAAGGGAUAAAUCCAUCCUCCGUGAAGGAAAUUUAUUUUACUGGUGACUACCUUGCGAAAGGUGUUAGAAUUGGCAUUGUAGCUGGCAUGAUAGCUUUAACUGAAGCAAUAGCAAUUGGAAGAACAUUUGCGUCUAUGAAGGACUAUCAACUGGAUGGAAACAAAGAAAUGGUGGCAUUAGGAGCUAUGAAUGUUGUUGGUUCAAUGACUUCCUGUUAUGUAGCAACUGGUUCUUUCUCUCGGUCAGCAGUAAAUUUCAUGGCUGGCUGCGAAACUGCGGUCUCUAAUAUUGUCAUGUCUGUUGUUGUGUUCUUAACCUUGCAAUUUAUCACGCCUCUUUUCAAAUACACUCCAAAUGCCAUUCUUGCUUCAAUCAUCAUUUGUGCCGUCAUCAACCUUGUAGACUAUAAGGCAGCAAUUUUGAUAUGGAAAAUUGAUAAAUUUGACUUUGUUGCUUGCAUGGGAGCAUUUUUCGGGGUCGUUUUUGCCUCGGUUGAGAUAGGACUUUUGAUUGCUGUUUCUAUAUCCUUUGCAAAAAUCUUAUUGCAAGUCACGAGGCCCCGAACUGCUAUUCUAGGGAAGAUCCCUAGGACAACUGUUUAUAGAAACAUCCAGCAAUAUCCAGAGGCAACAAGGGUUCCUGGUGUACUGAUUAUAAGAGUUGAUUCUGCAAUAUAUUUUUCCAACUCCAAUUAUGUUAAAGAAAGGAUACUAAGAUGGCUUAUGGAUGAGGAAGAACGGGUGAAUAGAGACUACCAAACUCGAAUCCAAUUUUUGAUAGUUGAGAUGUCACCUGUUACUGACAUUGAUACUAGUGGCAUCCAUGCCCUGGAAGAGUUAUUUAGAAGUCUUCAGAAGAGAGAGGUUCAGCUUGUACUUGCAAAUCCUGGUCCACUAGUGAUAGACAAACUCCACACAUCCAACUUUGCAAAUUUUCUUGGUGAAGACAAGAUCUUCCUGACUGUUGCUGAGGCUGUUGCAUACUGUUCUCCCAAGCUAGCUGAGGAACCUUGAAUGAAAAAUGUGGGAAAUGUGAUUUUACAAUUGUUAUAGGAUACAGGGAAAAGUGAUUAAGAAAUGAAGUAAGAAUAUAGAGAGAAGAGAUAUGUGGCUUUCAGCUGUGAGUUAGUUGAGGUUGUCACUAGGAAAAAAAAGUUGGUAUAAAAGUGGCCCUUUUUGGUGUUAGUGCGAUGGGUAAGUGUCUUAUAUUACGAGAAUGUUAGGAACAUACGCUUUAGGCAAAUUCUUAACUACUCAUUCUAUAAGAUUGGGGCAGGUAGCUCAUCCUAAGUGUCUUAAGUAUAUUGGUCCACCAAAAGGUGUUUUAUAAUAUUAUUAGAAUAUAGUUAAUUUUCAAUUGUUAUCACACAA